AUGAACCAAACAACGCUAUCGGCAUUCACCCAAGUAAACAAAACCCUCCACGCCCUCCUGGACAAAAGCCUCUACAAAUACAAUGCCCGCCACAACUGGGGCGACGCCCUAGACUGGGCCAUGCAGCACGGGAACCUAGAAGUAGCACGCAAAGCAAUCGAAACAACCACCAACGGAAUAUACAGAUCGCGAAGGGAACACCUAGGCGUAUUCCUAGUGGACGCGGUACAUGCAGCGUGCGAAGCAUGGCCGCACCCCUCAUCAAACAACUACAUCGCUAUAGCAGAACUGCUACUUGCAAGUGGCGCCAAAACCCGCAACCUACACGAAAAGAUAAAAUACGUGCCCAUCUAUGAAGUUGCGCAGGCUGGUAUUACUCAACUUGCCCGUUCCCUGGUUCGGUAUGGGUCACCUAUUGAACCGCCGUUUGGGGCUUGUUUUCCUGCUACUCGGUACACGGCGCCGCUUAUACCGGCGACCAUUAAUGGGCAUGUAGAGAUUGUUGAAUUGUUGCUUUUUUAUGGGGCGGAUGUUAAUGGGAGGGUUUAUCAGCGCAAGGCGCCGUUGGAUUAUGCCUCCGAGGCUGGGUAUCGGUUUCCUGAGAUUAAACGGUUGUUGGAGUGUUAUGAGUAUCAGACGAAUAAGUUGCAUGUUGUUUUGAGUAAUCCUGGUUGGGUGGGACAAUCUUGCUUUUGA